AUGUCACUCUCCCCACCUCCCCGCAAACAGUCCAUGUCAUCCCCUCAACGGUCUCCCUCGGCAAGAUACCACCCAAAGAUCAACACAAACGCUCUCUCCGCCGCAUACCCCUUUAUCAAAGAAGACGACCAGGACGUCGAGAAGGACCUCGCCGACUUCUUUGCCUCCACCUCCCUUGCCACACCCAAUUCCUCCUCCUUAACUUCCCCAACCACUGACAGAAACCAUUACACCCGCCCCUCUAGCAUCGCCACAGUCUACAGUCCCAUCGAUCCCUCCGACGCAUCCUGGUCCUCAAAAACUUCCCCACAGCCUUGUCCACUCGGCCACCACCACCAUCUUCACCAUCACGAGCUCGAUAAUACCCAGCAUGGAGGACACGACCAGGACAUGGCCUUGGCAGGGCCCAUGCUCCCCUCGUGCUCGUACUGCUCCAGCGCGCGAAGCAACAGCAUUUCGAACAUCAUGGAAGAGACCCACAACCAGCUACGCGAACGGGAUAGCGCCUACCAGUGCCUUGAGGGCCAGCGCCGGGAUGCCCUGCAAAAUCUCGUCCCAAGCGAGGUUCGCCAUCGGUUGACGUUCCAUAUGGAUGAGUGCUGGUUCGUCCACUUUUCGCCGUCGGGGCAAUACCUCGCCUCAGUUGGUCUGGAUCAAGUUGUUAUCAUCUGGCAGGACCUCAUGACUCCAGAGCCAAGCAUCUUCAGGACCAUCAACUUCAAACGUUCAAUCAGUCAUGUCAGCUGGUCCCCCGACAGCAAGUAUUUGCUACUCAACCUCGGAUAUGAUGGUUGGCAUAAAGAUUUCAUCUACGAGCUGCAGGUCGUUGAGAUCGAGUCAGGCGAGUUCCUCUUCACCAGACCCUCCCAAGACAGCACCGGCACCACCAUAGUUUCGGAUGUUGCCUGGUUCCCUGACAGUAAGCGCUUUCUUUACACUGACGACAGAGGCAAAGUCACCAUUUAUAACCUCAAGGGCGAUAUCACCCAGGAGUACACGGUCGAAAAGGAUCAGGCGGGCAAGUUUGUUAGGAACAUUCCUGGAACGAACGACUUUGCUGUCCUGACUUCGAGCCUGACCCUCGACAUUCACUCAUUUGGAGAGACCCACACGAUAAGGAGCCUUGGUGCCCAACCCCAACGAACGACAACCGUGAAUGUGUCACAUCAAGGCCGUUAUGCAGCCGUUACAGUGCGGAACGACAAGGAAAUCCAUCGCCCACCACAUAUAGCAUUAUACGAUCUCAAGACGAUGACCUACAUCCGUGCGUUCGAAGCCGAGACGUUGGAGAAUGAUGCCUUCAUAAUCGUACCCACGUUUAUUGGCCCCAACGAAGAGAUUCUGUGCUCAGGCUCAGAGAACGGCAAGCUGCAUCUGUGGGAUGUCGAGACGGGCGACUUGAUCAGUAUCCUGGAUGAGCACUCCAAACAUACUGGAUGCAUGGCCAGUAACAUUGUCCACCCUGGGAUAAUGGCCUCCUGCAGCGAUGACAAUCAUGUCAUUGUUUGGUUCACAAAGGAACUCCAGAGCCAGUUACAAGAGUCGGACGAAAAGUGGAUGGAAAAGGGUCGUAAGUUGGCCCGUCCUGCCAUUGACAUCAAAAACGGAUGGUGA